CUUUUCGCCGUCUGGUGAACUAAUAGUUCGGAAUCUUCGCUCAGUUUGCAACAGUUGCUCGCGUCGAAUGGUUCUACACGGUAACAACGGUCUCCUAUAGAAUAACAAGAACAUGUGGUGGUCAAGUGGUGCUCCUCUCGUGGAGCUACUUCUGCUUGGGUCCCUGGUGAUUGGCAGAGUCAGCUCCUUGAUUUGCACGCGCCGCCCAACGAACACGGGCUCGCCCAAAUCUCCGGUGGAUGAGAACUUUAUGAUAAGCGUGUCGGGUAAUCCGGAAACGUACAUUCUCGGCCAGGAAUACAACGUCUCUCUUAAUGCCUUCAAUGGCCACCGCUACAUCAGCUUUAUCAUGGCACUGGAAAACGAGAAUGGUGACUUCAGCUACAACGAUGACUUGGGUCGCUUUGAGCUUAGCGACAUGAUUGAGACCCGGUUCAGUCCGAACUGCAUCAACAUGGUGGAGAACACCAAUACGAACUCCAAGACGCACAUGCACUUGACCUGGGUAGCGCCCAGCGAGCCGGGCAGUGGCUGCGUCCUGAUCCGGGCCACAGUUCAGCAGCAUCGGGAGGUGUGGCACAUGGAUGAUGGCGGUUUAACGAAACGCAUCUGCGAGGAGGUCACAGAUGAUGUUGAGAGUCAGCCAACUGCUCCGGCGGCGGUGGAUGUGCCCUGCUGUGCAUGCGAUGAGGCGCGCUAUGAGCUUAUAUUUGAAGGCGUCUGGUCCAGGAACCUGCAUCCCAAGGACUUCCCCACUCGAGGCUGGGAGACUCGAUUCUGUGAGCUUCUGGGAGCCGCCCACAGUUCAGAUUAUCGUUUCUGGGAGUCCGGAGAACUGGCCAGCGUGGCUAUGAAGGAAUAUGCGGAACAUUGCAGUUCGCGUCUGCUGGAGCGAGAGUUCAGCAUCAAUUUUCGGGAUCAGAAGAUACGGACGAUAAUCAAGGCACGGGGUCCAUCGUAUCCCAACAUAAGCAGCAAGACGAUGGCCUCGGUGCGGGUAGAUCCCAUUCACCACAUGGUGUCCUUUGCCUCUAAGAUAGAACCCUCUCCCGAUUGGAUUGUGGGCGUCACUGGACUGGAACUGUGCCUGCGCAACUGCACAUGGAUGGAGGAAAAAGUGAUCAACCUAUAUCCGUGGGAUGUGGGCACAGAUUCGGGUCCCACCUAUACGUCAUCCGAUCAGCCACAAGUUCCGCCAGAUGUCAUUAGACGCAUGCGUUCCGACUUUCCCAACGAUCCGCGCUCUCCUUUCUACGACAUAUCCGGAACUCCCAUGAAACCCAUGGCCAUUCUGACGGUGAAGCGCCAGCGAAUCUACGAGAGAAGAUGUGCAGAUGAGGACUCCAACAACGAUCCCGAUGUGCCGCGUGAAUGUUUCACCCAUCCAUGGUCCAGUUGGAGCGACUGCUCCUCCAAAUGCGGGGUUGGCAUGCAGUAUAGAAGACGUGUCUACAAGCAACCAGAGCUCGCAAGGGUCUACAAUUGCAAUGUGGCUCAGUAUGAGGAGCGCGAGUGCCAGGGCGAGAUGUGUGGUCAAAACAAUCUCAUGCGGGAGCCGGAGGAAUUUGAGGACCUGGAGCCAGACCCAAGGAGGAUUGGUUAUCAACCGCCCCAACAACGUCGUGCCGAAUGCGAACUGAGUUCCUGGGGCAGCUGGAGCCCAUGUAGUGUAACCUGUGGCGAUGGUUACGAGAUGCGCCAGAGGCAGUACCUUAAUCCUCAAGCAGAGUUCGAGUGCCAGGGUGUGCAUCGCAUGGAGCUGCAGGAAACGCGAAAAUGCUCUGGUCGAGCUUGCCUUGGUAGCUUACCAGGAUCCUACAGCGCCGACAUGGAUAGUCCCUAUGGUGGGGCUUCUCCAGGACGCAUUGGAGGUAAUAUGUAUGGGCCACAAGUUGAACCAGAGGCAGAGAACUUUGGUGACUACGAUGACUCACGAAAUGGAGCAGUUGGAGGAUUUGAAGUGGGCAAUCUUAAGGGUAACACUGGCAACUUGGCCUUGAACAGGCAAACUAAUUUGGGAAGAGAUGUUCCGUCGCUCAGGCCCACAAACUACGAUAGAGCCCGCCAGCAAGCAGAAAAAUCAGAACGACCCAAGUGGUCUGGACAGUCACGUCUCGAUGAUCCGCGCUUGGAGGAUGUGGAACGAGCUCCCUGGCAGCGUCAAAGGCCAUCAAACAAAUACGGCUCAAUCGUAGAGACACCCGAAAUGGUUUCGCCAAGGGAACAAUGGCAAAGGGUAAACAACUUUGGCAAUCCGGACAUGUAUACACCUGGAGGAGAUGUGGACCCCUCUCUGUCCUACCGCUGCUUCCAAAUGGUUCAGACGGCUCAGCCACGCUGCCACGAUCAAACUAUUACGGGUCAGUUCUGGUUCUACAACUUCUGUGCGGAUGAAUGCAUGCUGUAUGCCGCGGAUCAGUGCGAUCGGAAUGUGAACAAGUUCAGGCGGUGGGAGGAUUGCGAGAAAUGCCGGCAGCCAGAAAUGGCUGCACUGCAGCAGGAGCACACCAACUCGCCCCAGUGCGAGGAUUUCCGUGCCAUUUGGCAGACGGAGCAGCAGGCUCGGGAGGAAAAGCGGGCAUCAAGUCGCAGGAGAAACUAUGCCGGUUCUAGAUAUCGGAUUAGAAAUUAAUUCCACAUUUAGUUACUAGAAUAUACUUACCAAGAAAUUUCGAGCCCUUACCACU